GUUAUUCUAGCCGGUGCUCUCUCCCUCUCUCUCUCCCCCCCCCCCCUCUCUCUAUUUUUUUCCUCUGUCUUGCGCGCUCUCUCUCUCUCUCUCUCUCUCUCUCUCUCUCUCUCUCUCUCUGUCUCUGUCUCACUCUGUCUCUGUUUCUCACACUCUCACUCUCUUAGAGCUCAGCGAUGGAGCACUAUCUCUUCCUUUCUUCAAAGGAGAAUAGGAAAGAAGAAUACUGCAAAUAAGAAAAAAUAUAAAUAUAUAUAUUUUUGUAGUAGAGACUGGCAGUUCUCCACGAACCUGUCUGCGCGUGACGCAGAAGAAGACUACUUAAAGGGAGAUUAGCUCUGGCAAAGACAUUAAAUCCAACCCUCCCAUCAGCCAGACACCGCGCGACCUAUCAACCUGAUCUGAAGAUCGAAAUUAGUAGGAGGGCUCAUAUUAAUCAGCACUUUGCGGAGUCCAAGACGAGGCGGGACUGGAACGGCGAGAGGUCCUCUGGCAUUGCGCGCGGCCACGGCGCAGGAGGGGGAACGGGUUCAGUGAUCAAUGCGCUUGCAUGGCAGUUAAAACCGGGGCCUCUGGAGAGUAGGGAACAGGAGAUACUGCCGACUGUUUUUGUUUUGUUUUUUAUUUCGUUUUUCCCGUGGAAUUCGUGCAGAGGGCUUUGUGAGUGCUCUCGUCUCCGGAUGAACAGAAAUGGGGGAAUGGACCAUACUAGAGAGGCUCCUGGAGGCUGCUGUCCAGCAGCACUCCACUAUGAUAGGGAGGAUCCUACUCACUGUGGUGGUGAUCUUCCGGAUCCUAAUCGUAGCCAUAGUAGGAGAGACAGUUUACGACGACGAGCAAACCAUGUUCAUCUGUAACGCUUUACAACCGGGCUGCAACCAGGCGUGCUACGACAAGGCUUUCCCCAUAUCACACAUCAGGUACUGGGUGUUCCAGAUCAUCAUGGUGUGCACCCCGAGUCUGUGCUUCAUCACCUACUCGGUUCACCAGUCCGCCAAGCAGAAGGAGAGGCGCUACUCCACAGUCUACCUCUCGGUGGACAGCAAGGAGCAAGACUCGAUCAAGCGCGAAGAGAUCAAAAAUCAAAAAAUCAAAAACACCAUCGUGAACGGAGUACUGCAGAACACGGAGAACUCCACAAAAGAAGCAGAGCCCGACUGCCUGGAGGUCAAGGAGAUCCCCAACGCCACCAUGAGGACUACCAAGUCCAAAAUGAGGCGCCAGGAGGGCAUCUCGAGGUUUUACAUCAUCCAGGUGGUGUUCAGGAACGUGCUGGAGAUCGGCUUCUUGGUGGGCCAGUACUUCUUGUAUGGCUUCAACGUGCCCGCUGUGUACGAGUGCGAUCGCUACCCGUGCAUCAAGGAGGUUGAGUGCUAUGUGUCGCGGCCCACAGAGAAGACGGUCUUCCUCGUGUUCAUGUUCGCGGUUAGCGGCUUCUGCGUGGUGCUCAACCUCGCCGAGCUCAACCACCUGGGGUGGAGGAAGAUUAAGACGGCCGUGCGGGGCGUUCAGGCCCGCAGAAAGUCGAUUUAUGAGAUUAGGAAUAAGGACUUGCCCCGCAUGAGCGUGCCCAAUUUCGGCCGCACUCAGUCUAGUGACUCUGCCUAUGUGUAGGUGAGGAGAGAGAGGGAGAAAGAGAGAGAGAGAGAGAGAGAAAGAGAAAGGGAUUGGGGGGUACAGCGAAAGAGAUAGGGAGAAAGUGGGGGGAAAAAAAGAAUAGAGAGAAAGUUCCCCCCAUGGGACGGGGAUCCUGAAGAUCUAACACGGGCACGUACGGAUCCCGUUCGCCUCUGACGGGUGGGUUAGAUUUGGGUUUGUUUAAGGCGUUUAUUUCAGGCUGGUCUGAUAAGGGGGGGGGGUAGGUUGGCAGGCGAUGUCUUUCUUGCACUGGUGCAACUCUCUCGGCCACCUCGCAGAAGCGCAACCGGCUCUCCGGGUCGCGUAUUUACUCCACAGCGUGCUGCUCAGUUGUACUUGAACGGAGUAAAUACGUUUUGCACUAAAGAAAAAAAAAGAAAUAAUAAUAAUGAUAACAAUAAUACUAAGAGUUAACACCGGGAGCUAAUGCGUCUGUUUUCGGUGUUUUUAAACGUUUUUCCACCGACUUUCUUUUUUGGAAAUCAUCCUAUUUAGCCAUAUUUAACGCACAGCGGUUGACGGAGAAGCUUAAGCGCAGAUCUAUUAUCCAGCCUAGAAGAAUACUGCUAAGGGAUAGGCUGAGGAUUAGGUUCAAGAAUAGGCUAAAUAACGGAUGGAUUCAGGUAUUAAGGGACAUCAGGUAAUAGCAUUGUUACGAGGGGCAUUUUGUUUUGUUUUCCAGCAGCUGCAGCAGCUUACAAACGGCAAAAGUCCGUGUUUCUUUCUCCUUUUUUUUGGUUUGUGGGGAUCUGAAUAAACGAUAAAUGUUUAUCGUUCUCAUGUCACCAUAAACCACCCUGUCCCACGUCAUCUGAUGUUAAUAAUACCUGAAUCCACGCAAGCUUGAUGCUAUACGCUUUACACGUGUUUGAUUUCGGUUGCCUGUGUUGCACCAUUGACCUUAACGUAGAAGUCUCCAUUUCCAUGGCUGUAGUGAACUUGUGCGCCGAUUCUCUGCUGGAUCUGCGAAAUUUCCUUAAUUAAAAAAAACACACACACCAAAGCGCCCAUGGCUUUCAUCCGUGAAGUGUUUUUUUUUUUUUUUUUUUUUGUUCUCUUUUGAUUUCGUUUCGUGUCAUUUAAGUGCCAUACUUGUACAUACAAAAAUAUAUAUCAAUAAAUAUAUAUAUAUAUAUAUAUAUGUGUAUACAUAUAGAUAUAAUAACAAAUCUCUCUAUUAAUGACGAUAAGAGUUCUAUACGUUAUGAAAGAGGAUCCCUUGCUUGGAUUAUGCUGAACACGCCGCCCUGGUUCGCUUCAAAACUGCAUUCGUUGUGAUUUAAAAAUUUGCAAACAUGCAAAAGGAUAUACCUGCAUUUCCCCUCCUCCUCUCUUUUAACUUUGCAUAAAUUUGCAUAACCGGAAUAAAGAAAUAAAGAGCUGGUCCUGAUUUUCUACACGGUACAGUAGCCUACAUCUCUUUUCUUCACCAGAUUUAAGGAGCUCAGAAAUGAUGGCACAAAAUUAGUAUUUUCUAACAAACAAACAAAAAAAUAAAACAAACAAAAAAUAUUCAAUCAUGGACAGUGAGAACCUGCUCUGGUGCUAAAGUUCUCUUUUUUUCCACACAAUUAGCUGGGUGUGUAUGUGUGUUUGCGUGUGUAUGCAACCUAGGCUUUUUGAGAACAAAAAAUAUUUUCAUCCGAAUAAGAGAAAGAUGCACACUGUCAAAGAUUAAUAACAGUAAAAACAUGAAAACAGACUUUGCAGGGCUUUGCAGGGUGUGGAUGUGAGAAAGCACCUCAUAUGCUCUCUGUUACCUGCAGUGAGCUGUCCCUUUAAGGCCUUGGCUAUAAAAGUAUUAAUGUGCUGAAAUCUCAUGUUUUGUCGCUGAUCUUGAGGAGAAUAUGUAUUAAUGUAAUGUAUGUUUGCAUUUACUCCAAACAGGCACCAUAAAUAUGCCCAAGUCCAAGUAUUUGAUGCAGAACAUUUUUGCAUAAUUGUUUUUUUUUCCUUUCCAUUUUUCUGAUUUCAGGACUUUUUUCUCUAUGGUUUUUUUCUGAAUUCUAAGCUGAAGUUAACAAGCUGCAUGUUUAAGAGAGAAUAUUAGAAAGUAUUGGGAUACUUUUAAAGGGAAGUUGAUGUCAGUCAUAUUUUCAUAUUUGCCUUGGGAGUUGGUCAUUUCCCCCUCCUCGUUUUGUUCCUGCUUCUGUCCAUUGCUUGAGAAAGACCGCAAAAAGGAGUGUCUCCAGCUUUUGGGGAGGGUUCUGUGCUCUUCUUCAAGGUCGGGG